UUGCAGGAACUACUGCUACAAGCCAGCUAUUCCCUAUCCGAUACUACGCUCCAAGCUUACGAUGUUUAUGGCAAAAUUCAUACAGUCAAGCUGCAGCAUGUGCUCUACAAAGAAAAAGUUGGCAUCCGGCCAGCUUACGAUGUUUAUGGCAAAAUUCAUACAGUCAAGCUGCAACAUGUGCUAUACAAAGAAAAAGUUGGCAUCCGGCCAGGGCAGAUCUCACGACUAGUUGACGGGCACAUAACGAAGUAUGGGCUACCGUUAGAGCACACCGCGCAAUGCACUGUGCUGCUGAAAUUCGGCUCGCUGACUUCUAAUGAGCUGCAAUCGUUUGUAUCUACGAUUGAGGAUGUACUUUUCAAGUGUCCAGCAAAACGAGAUACGAAGCCGGUUUAUAAGCAAGAUGAAGUGCAGCUGCAAUCGUUUGUAUCUACGAUUGAGGAUGUCCUUUUCAAGUGUCCAGCAAAACGAGAUACGAAGCCGGUUUAUAAGCAAGAUGAAGUGCAGGUAGAACUUUGUCAUAAUAACCAAAAUUAUUUACAGAAUGACCAUUUAUUUCAGAAGCGAUACCUACUUUAUUUUGACUUAAGAAUCAUACCCAACAAAAAACCAAUAUCUUCCCAGUAAAC